AUGGAACUGAAGCCCCUGCAAGCGCAGCUGAAUGCCUACAACAUGCAAAAGACUCACCAAAAGGUCUUGCUCGACCGGAUGCACGUCUUCCAGAAGCUGUUCUCGUUCACCCGAGAAAACCACCGAUUUGAUCAGGGUGUGGACACCUAUCUAGUUGAUAUCUGCGAGCAACAGUUCCGCCAUUGGCUUCAGCAACUCCAAAUGCAGACCAACCAGGACAUGGCGCCAGCAUCGUCGCUAGCAUCAGGACCUGCUCCUACUCCAAGCUCGGCACAGACUGGGAGGGCCGACUUUGAAGUGGUCAAUUUGGUUGAAGUCGAACUGCGGCAGGAGCGUGAAGCCGCCAAGCGCGAGCUGGAGGAAAAGCGCCAGAAGAUCAUCGAGUACGAAGCUACAAUCGCCAAGCUCGAACGUAAGGAAAAGGAAUGGAAGGCCAAGUACCUCGAGCUGGCCAGCAAGCAGCUAGAACCUACUUCGCAGCCUUCCGAGCCACAGCCGAUGGGGACCGAGUCCUCAUGCACCACUCCCACCGCGGCAAUUGUGCCUUUGCCCGCGGUCCCAGCUGCUUCGUCGGAGUCCCUUCCUGAACCACAGUCCGAUGACGCCGACCACAUCCUUUGGCAAGGUAGCGCCGUGCCUCGGUGGUGUGAAGGGGAGGUAGCCUAUCUCGAAGCGCGGGCGCGGCCUUCGCAGGAGUACGCUCAUGGUUCUGCCACGGACGUAGAGCAGUGGCCGACGCAGCUCUUGAUUAAAGGCGUGUGUUCCACCCAACAUGCAUCCGCCUCCAUUGCGCAGGUCGUCCAGAUUGGAUACCGCGUGCCUCGCCUGGUCUUCACCCCCGCUGGACGUGCAGUCGAAAGCUUCGUGGGGUUGAAUCAAGACCUGCAGGCCCAGGCCAAAAUGGGGGUUGUGGAUUGCAUUCCCAAUAUGACGAUGCUCAUCCAACCCGACCCGGACGAUGAGAGGCAGCUGUUCGCGUACCUGCUGCCUAGGAUCCCGCUCAAGCAAGCGGGAUUGCCCCCCGGUGAGGGCAAUAACGGCGAGGGCCAAGGCCGCAAGAGGAAUCGAGAGUCGGGGAGGGAGCGGACAAGAACUGCCAAGACGACUACGACGAAGAAGAAGAGCCACGAAGAGGUCUACGACGAAGAAAAAACAAGAAGAUCCUUCGGAAGGAAGGAGAAGAAGAGCAGCGAUGACGAUUUCGAGUACCACCACGAAGAGGAUGACGACGAUCUGGAGAACGAGGACGAAGUCGACGAGUUCGAACCAAAGGAAGAGAAGAAGAAGGGGAAGCGCAAGACCAGAAGGAUACGCUAG